CUCACGAAGGCAGCCGCCACCAGCUUACGGCCGCAGGACCUCGACACCAACUCCCUCUCCCUCUCCCUCUCCCUCUCUUGCACGCGCUUGGAUCCAUCAAGCAAGGCGGCGCAGCCCGGCGCGCGGCGGCCGGCGGCAAGCCUCACCCACCUAGGCACGCGGAGGAGCGAGCGGGCGUGCGUCACAGCGUCAGCACCAGGGGGAGGUAUGGCGACCCUUUGGUGCGUGAUCUUCACGGUCGGCAAGUGGAUCUGCGGCACAGGCCAGGCCAUGGACCGCCUUGGAUCCACCAUCUAGGGCGGCCUCCGCUACGAGGAGCAGCUUAGUAUUUUUUUUCCCGUGAAAGUGGACUACUAUGAGCAAUCAGCCGGGCUGCCGCCUCACUGUCAAAGACGUCAUCCAGCAUGACAAGCAUGAGCGAGAGCAGCAGUGAACUGGGGCACUCUUUCUCGCCUGCUCCUCAACUGGCUGGUCGAGCAUUGUCAUCCACCGCAUGCAUCAGAGGUAGGCCGGCAGCAGUACUCAGAUGCAGGCACAGGAGGUAGCCUGCCCUGCCAGGCUGGUGAUCAGGUGGAUAUCUCGCAGAUGUUAGAACUGAGUCAAUGUUUGAGGGCUUGGGUAGCAGGCUACAUGUGUCUGCACAAACGUAUCUCAGGAUAAAGUUCUUCCACAUGGCGACCAAGUUCACAUUUGCUAUUAGCAAAACAUAUGAUUUCAAUGGACGUAGGAUCUAUGUGCCAAUCUGUUAGGAAGAAAUGGGCUUUGCUAUUUACCUAUGUAAUAUUACUUACUGACAUAGGAAGAACUGAAGUUACAUGUGGUUUUCCUGAUAAAUAGACAGUAGAAAACAACAUGAAGAACUGAGGUUUUAGAUUGUUUGGUGCUGCUGAGUAGAGCUUGGAGCUGUUGCUGCCUUCUCUUGUGUGCAUCUACAGCACAUUGCAAGGUGCAUGCCCAUUGCCUAACUGUAGGAUGCCGACAUCAGAGAAUGAACAAGUUCAUGGAGCCAGCACUGAGGCAGUGAAUCUGCUGAAAAGGAACUCAGAUGAUGUUGGAUGGGAGUAUGGUGUUCUUGUUGAUGCUAACAACAAGGACAAGGUCAGGUGCAACCUUUGUAAUAAGGAGAUGAGGGGAGGGAUUUAUAGGCUGAAGCAGCAUUUGGCUCAUGAAGGAAAGAAUGUGACUAAAUGUCCAGCUAGAACACAGCAGGCUUCGGAGGCUAAAGCAAAGUGCAAGAAAGCACUAGAAGAUGCAAAAAGGAAGAGGGAGGAGAAGACUGUCCGUGAGCUAGAACUUAGAGCGGAAGUGGAUGUGUCUAGGGUUGGAGAGACAGAGGAAGUCACUUGUGUUGGUAGUUCACAGCCUCACAAAUUAGGACCUAUUGACAAAUGGACACGUGCUAUUGAUCCUACAGCUACCAAGACUGAGUCUUUAAAGCAACAGCAGCUGAACAAAGAACUUUGGAAAGAAAGAUCAAAUGAGGUGUACAAGUAUAUUGCAAGAUGGGUCUAUAAUCAUGCAAUACCUUUCCGUGCAUGUGACAAUGAUGACUUCAAGCAAAUGUGUGAAGCAAUUGGACAGUUUGGACCUGGAUUUCAGCCUCCAAGUGAUGAUUUACUGCGAGAGAAAUUGCUGGAACAAGAAUAUGCAAGAACCAAGAGUUUGAUGCAGGAACGUCAAGCUGAGAAGUUGAAAAAUGGGUGCUCUGUUAUGACCGAUGCUUGGUCAGAUAGGAAGAGGAGAAGUAUAAUGAAUCUGUGCACUAAUUGUGCUGAAGGAACUGAAUUCAUCAGCUCAAAAGAUAUGUCAGAUGUGUCACACACAAGUGAAGUCAUCUUUGAACUAGUGGACAAAGCAAUUGAUGACUUGGGUCUAGAAAAUGUAGUGCAAGUAGUGACCGACAAUGCCUCCAACAACAUGGGAGCAAAGAAGCUAUUGCUUGAGAAGAGACCACAGAUAUUUUGGACAUCUUGUGCAACUCACACAAUCAACAUGAUGCUCCAAGGAAUUGGCAACAUGCCUCGGUUCAAGAAAGUGAUUGACCAAGCAAAGUCAUUUACCAUAUUUGUCUAUGGCCACACAAGAACAUUGGACUGCUUGAGAUACUUCACGGAGGGGAAAGAGGUAGUGAGGGCAGGAGUGACUAGGUUUGCUUCAAACUUUCUCACUUUGAACAGCAUGCUAGAGAAGAAGGACCAGCUAAGAAAAAUGGUGGUUCAUACUAGGUGGGACUCAUUGAAGGAUGUGAAAUCAAAGAAAGUAAAAGAUGCCACAGCAACUAUAUUGAGUCCAACCUUUUGGAAGGAAGUGAACCUAAUAUUGGCUGUUUUUGAGCCAUUGUUCAAAGUCCUCCGUUUGGCUGAUGGGGAUGUGAAGGCAUCCAUGAGUUUCAUUUAUGGAGAACUACUAAAGGCAAAGAGAGAGAUCAAAGAGGUCUUUGGCAAUAAUGAGACUCGAUUCAAGGAUGUACUAGCUGUUAUUGAGAAGAAGAUGAAGGGAAGACUUGAUUCUCCAUUGCAUUUGACAGCUUAUUUGCUCAAUCCACACUAUAGCUUUACUAACCCAUCAAUUUUUGAUGAGCCCAAAAUGAAUGAAGCAUUUAUAGCUUGUGUCGAGCAAUUUUAUUAUCAUGAUGAGGACAAGCAAGAUCAAGCUGCCAACAUUGAAUUGAAAAAGUUUCAAAAUAGAGAAGGAGCAUUUAGCAAGAAGCUAGCAAGGACUUUUGAAAACUUUGAUUACAAUCCAGCCUCAUGGUGGAGGUUGUAUGGAAGCCACACACCAGCUUUACAGAAGAUGGCUACAAGGAUCUUAUCUUAGACAUCAAGUGCUUCUGGUUGUGAAAGAAAUUGGAGCGGGUUUGAAGGGAUACACACUAACAAGAGGAAUAGACUUACUACAGCCCGCCUCGAAAAGUUGGUCUAUAUUCAAUUCAACAACAGGCUGCUUAGUAAGAGAGAAAAGAUCAAGACAAAGAAGACCACUGAUGUUCUCUUAUCUAGUUAUACAACUGAAGUUCAAGGUUUUCUCCAAGAGGGUGGAGAUGAUUGUGCAUUAGUUGUCUUUAGAGAUGAGGAGGAUGAGAUGGAAGGUACAGGGAUACCUUGGGUUGUUAUUGGAGAGGUAGUGGGAGUAGAAGAGCAGCUUGAGCGGCGUAGAAGUGGUAGAGUGAGGGAGGCAAGGGAGCUCUAUGAAGGAGAAGAGUUUUCAUCUGAAGAAGAAGAGUAUGAGUCUUAUGAGGAUGAGGAUGAGUGAGGGAGGCAAGGGAGCUCUUAUGAACUGCUGUUGUGUGCUAUGUUGUGUGCUAUGUGACUGUGUCAACCCUUGAGGGGUAUGAACUAUUUGCUUGUGCUUGUGUUUGUGUUUGUGUUGUAUGAACUGCUGCUGUAGUGCUGUGACGUCCUUUAUUUAUAAAUUGUGUUGUGCACUUGUACU